GAAACACGUUUCGUAACGAUUUAUAUUUUUCGUGUUAAACAAUACCAAUAAUAAAAUGUUCCUAUUCAUAAUUUGGUUUAUAUUUUGCAAUGGUAUUAUCAGCUGCAAUGAAGAAUUUCAUUCAUCCGAAUCACAAAUUCCUAUUGCUAGUGAUUUUGAUUCAAACUCGAAUAAUCAGCAUGAACCACAAUCUUUGUUCUCGUUUGAUGAUGCUACUUUAUACAAAAUAAAUUGGCUAGAUUCUACUGAUUCACAGAAUAGUAAUGAAACUUUGAUGGCUGAAGAACUCAUCUUGACCAAUGAGAACCAACAUAAAUAUCGAUGUAUUAUUCCGAAUGUCUAUGCAGAGAAUAAGCGAAAUGUUAAUGCAACCAAGAAUGAUGAUCUCAAUCCGUAUCAACUAUUGAAACCUUUAUUUACAAAGAAAAUAUGUUCUUAUCGCCCUGAAAACUAUUGGAAGUACGAAAUUUGCCAUGGAAAAUAUAUACGUCAAUUUCACGAAGAUCCAGGAAUAAAAGGCUCAAUUCAGGAAUAUUAUCUAGGCACAUUCGAUAUGGAUGAUUUUGCCAAAUAUGAAAAAAUAUACGAACAAAUGGACGACUCAUUAAGAUUACCGAUGAUUAAUAUAGAAGAUAUGCAACUUCCUUACAUUGAAGUGAAUAUGACUGGUGGCACAUUGUGUGAUUUAUCAAAUAAAAAACGUUUUACCAGGGUUCUGUAUGUUUGUAAUGAGAUUGGAAAACAUGAGCUGUAUUCGAUAAAAGAAACAACAACUUGUGAAUAUGAAGUUAUAGUAUUAUCCUCUUUACUAUGUCUUUCUCCCAAAUUCAAGCUGAAAAAAUCCAUAGAAAACAAUAUCAAUUGUCAUGUUAUGGACAAAACUACGAAAGUUCCAAAAGGAUUUGAGCUUGGCGAUAUUGAAUUAGAAAUGAAAACGCAGAAGUCUAAAGUUAAACAAAACAUCGGUGAUUCGUUUUUGGAAAGCAAAACAAUAUUGAUUAAUACAUUCGAUAAUGGCAAAGAAGUGCGUAUUAACUUUAUCGCCGAAACAGACGAUUAUGACGGCUCAUUAUUGAAUUCACAUUCGCAUAUAAUUGCCAAAUUUCUACGAGGAGAAUAUUGUUUAACCGGAGGUUCUGGUUGGUGGAAAUAUGAAUUUUGUUAUGGAAAAUCAGUUAAUCAAUUUCAUGAAGAAAAAGGAGAAAAACGAAUGAUAAUUAAUUUGGGCAAAUGGAAUCUUGACAGCCACAUUGAAUGGAUUCAAAAGGACUUAUCGAGAAAACCAAAGCCAGGCAAGACACCAAAGCAAGUUUGGCAUUACUAUUCUUCGGGUGAUUUUUGUGAAUUGACACAGCGGCCAAGGACUGUGGAAGUCAAACUCAAAUGCCGUUAUGAUCCAUCAAAUCCAGAUUCCGUUGCCAUUUAUUUGAUGGAAUCACGAACAUGUGAAUAUAUUCUUGGGGUUGAAUCUCCUAUUAUCUGUGAUUUGAUUAGUAAUGUUGACGAAUAUGGCAUCUUCCAAUUUAGCAAUGAAGAAUAAUGAAAAAUUUGUUUUAUAGUUUUCAAAAAUUAUUCUCUUCAAUUAAAAUUUAAAAUUAUACAGGAUUA